AUGCGCGUUACACAAAGUCGUCAGGAAGAUCGAUGUAACAAUUUUAAAGUUCUUGCAAGUCUCUGUUGUUGCUGCCUUGCAAAAAACGGCGUGUUUAAAAGGUUUCGCAAAAUUACUCAUAAAAUUUAUCAAAAUUCAACAGAUGGUGGAGAAACCGGAGAAACUAACAACAUUUCUCCACCCUCUUAUGACACUGUACCUCCCGCACCCGAAACACCCCACCGUUUCGGUAAGAAGCAUGAAGCUACACAAACUUCAUUCAUAGAUGCGAAGGCAUAUUCAAUCAAACAUCCACCCGUUGAGAAAUUACCCACAUCUGAAGAAAUUCAAAAGAUUAUCACAAAAGGGUGUUAUAAAUCUUGGAAAUUUAUUCCUGAAGAUAUCGUAUCAAAUUCACAAAGGGUAAUCGUUUCAAAUGAUGGUAGAACGAUUGAAUUUUGUAAAGGGAAUAAGGAAUUCAAGUAUAAUGAUGUCAUGAUUCAAACGAAUUAUCCAUUCUUUAUGCCAGAUACCAUUGGAUCAAAUUCCAACGAGAUUGAAUCGGAUAUCAUGCAUUAUUUUGAAAUUACUUUACAAAGUAAAGCAUCAAGGAAUACCACGAUAGCGAUCGGAAUCUCAACGAAACCUUAUCCUUAUUUUAGGUUACCAGGUUGGAAUGCGAACUCUGUUGGAUAUCAUUCUGAUGAUGGAAGAAAAUUUUGGAAUGAUGAAUUUGGUGGUAGAGAUUAUGGUCCCGAAUGGGGGAAAAUAGGGGAUAUUAUUGGUUGUGGAUAUAAGCCCAAAACUGGUGAAGUUUUCUUUACAAAGAAUGGUAAAUUUCUAGGAAUAGCUUUUGCCGGUUUAAGGCAUAUUUGGUACCCAACUAUUGGUUCAGACGGUAAAGUUAAAAUCGCGAUUAAUUUUGGAGAUGAAGAAUUUGCUUGUAAGGAAGCUCAAGGAUAUGGAAUUGGUACUCCCGGAAAAAGAGUUAUUGAGAAGGGUGUUGUUUUUAGCGAUUAA